AUGUCGGUUGCUAGCAAGAACCCAUUCCAACUGCUCGGUGAGGGCGGCAGCGAUGCUCCCCCCGCACCCGCGAACAUUUCCGCUUUUUCUGAGGCCGUGAAGCCCAAGCAGCAGCGUCCGGUCCCUGGUGCUCCGGGCAGCGCCGCCCCCAAAGCAAGCACGGACGAGCCCGUUUCGCGCGACAAUCGCAACCCCCGCGGCCAUGGCCGUGGCGGCGCCGACCGCGGCCGUGGUGCGCGUGGUGGCCGUGGUGCGCGUGGCGGCCGUGGCCGUGGCGCUGGCGCUGGCAGUGGCAGCGGCCGCGUCUUUGAUCGUCACUCGGCAACCGGCCGCGAGGAUAGCGAAAAGGCUGUGCGCCAAGCUUGGGGCGGUGUCGACGGCGAGGCUGAGGCCAAGAACGAAGAGGGUGCCAAGGCCGACGCCAAGAACGACGCCAAGGCCGACGCCAGGCUCGAUGCCGAGGACGACAGCGCUACCGCCUCCCGCACCGCCGAGGACGAGGAGGAGGCCAAAACCCUCACGCUCGACCAGUACCUCGCAGCGCAGACCGAGAAGCGUGCCCAGCUCAACUCUGUUACCAAAGAGCACAGCGCGGCAGAGACUGCGACGGAUGAGUCACUCUACGGCCAAAGGUACGAGCGCGAGGAAAGCUCGUACUUUUCCGGCUCGGGCGCACCAAAGAAGCUGCCGCAGAGUGCCAGGAAGGUCAAGCAGACCAUCGAAUUCGAGCCGAAGUACGAGCAGCCCUCGUCUGGCCGCGGCCGGGGUGCUCCGCGUGGCCGUGGCGACCGUGGCCGCGGCAGCACGCGCGGCGACCGUGGCCGUGGCAGCGCCCGUGGCAGUGCCCGUGGCAGUGCCCGUGGCAGCGGCCGCGACAGCGCCCGUGGCAAUGCCCGCCCCAGCCGCGGCGGCCGCAGCCAAGGUGCGGUGGUCAACCUUUCCGAUGAGUCCGCGUUCCCUUCUCUCGGUUAA